UCAAAUUCAAAUGUGAAUCAAGUUGCCUGUUGAGUGUUGAUUUCUUUCAUUCCUAGAGGCUUGACAAUAAGAUAAUUUUCUGUUUCUAACAGAAAAUAUUUUCAUAAGAGAAAAGUGACCAUUAACACUUGGAAUGGAGGCUCUUCGGAGUGUAGAAGAAGUGCCUGAACCAUACCAAAGGAUAUUUGCUGAAUAUCCUUGUUUUAAUUUAGUUCAGUCAAAGGUUCUAGACGAUAUGUUGAAAACAGAUGAGUCUGUUGUCAUUUCGGCCCCAACUGGAUCAGGGAAAACUGUUAUAUUUGAAUUAGCCAUUGUGCGACUUUUAACACAUUAUCAAAAUGUGGACGCAUUAGAGCAGGAUUUCAAGAUAAUCUAUAUAAGCCCAAUAAAAGCCCUAUGCCAAGAAAGGCUGAUUGACUGGCACAGCAAAUUUUCAAAAUUUGGAUUGAAGUGCACAGCUGUUACAGGCGACUCCACAGAGGUGGAUUUAAGCAGUAUAAUCAGUCAUCAUCUUAUAAUAUCGACUCCAGAAAAAUGGGACAGUCUUUCGAGAAAGUGGCGCGAUCAUGGAAAAAUUGUUCGUCACAUUAAGUUGUUCAUGAUUGACGAAGUACAUUUGUUACAUGAGGAUAAUCGAGGAUCUACAUUAGAAGUUGUGGUUUGUAGAAUGAAAACUGUAGAGAAAGAAAAGAUAACAGUUAAACAAGAUAUCAACCAAGGCAUACGUUUUAUAGCAGUAUCUGCUACUGUUCCAAAUGUGGAGGAUAUUGCAAAAUGGAUUUGCAAAGGCCCUCAUCUUCAUUGUUACAAAUUUUCCGAAGAUAUGCGACCUGUUAAACUAAACAAAAUUGUUCUCGGUUAUAGUUACAAUCCUAAAAAUAUGUCUCCGUUCAAAUUUGAUUUAUCGCUAAAUUACAAAUUGAAAAAUUUGAUAACGCAGUAUUCCGAAGGAAAACCAACAUUGAUUUUCUGUAGUACAAGGAAAAGUGUCGAAAUGUCAGCACUUCAUUUGAUUCAGGGGAUAAAAUUCCAACUUAGCGAGCAACAAACUCAAAAAUUGUGUGAAAUUGCGGAAACCAUUGCCGAUGAAAAAAUAAAAAGUAGUGUUAGGUAUGGUAUUGGAUAUCAUCAUGCAGGUUUGAGUCCGGAAACUCGUCAUUGCCUAGAAGACGCUUUUCGAAGUGGAAAUCUCCCGAUCUUAGUAACGACCAGUACGCUUUCGAUGGGCGUCAAUCUUCCCGCCCAUCUGGUGAUUAUCAAAUCGACAAAGUGCUAUGAUAAAGGAGGUUUCCAAGAUUAUAGUGAAACUGCGAUCCAGCAGAUGAUUGGCAGAGCUGGAAGACCCCAGUACGAUGUUACUGGUACUGCAUUGAUCUUGACUACUCUACAGGAUAAGAUAAAAUUUGAGAAAAUGAUAAACUCCAACACCGAGAUAGAGUCCAACCUUCAUAAACAUUUGAUCGAACAUCUAAACGCAGAAGUGGUGCUGAGAACAAUUACAGAUUUGGACGUGGCAAUGCAGUGGAUUGCAUCUACUUAUCUUUAUAUUAGAGCUGUCAAAAAUCCACGGCAUUAUGGAUUGCCUAGUGGUUUGAAUACACAGCAAAUUGAUAAGAAACUUUUAGAAAUAUUUCAAAUAGACUUGAACAAGUUGGUAUCCAGUGGAAUGCUUUGUAUGGAUCAGAAUAUCAUAAUCACUCCUACGAUUACAGGAGAAUUGAUGGCAAGGUACUAUAUUGCUUUUGAGACCAUGAAAUUGUUCACGCAGUUAAGUGGAACGGAAACAUUGUUGCAAAUACUAGCUUUGAUAUCGAAGUGUCGUGAAUUUUCUGAUGUGAGAUUACGUACAAGUGAUAAAAAAACGUUGAAUUUGUUGAAUAAGUGCAGCAGCAAAAAUACGAUUCGUUUUCCGUUAAAUGGGAGGAUAAAAACUGGAGAAAUGAAACUAAAUUGCAUUAUCCAGGCAGUUUUAGGAAACCUUGAUAUCAACGAUCAUUCUAUACAAACAGAAUCUUACAAUAUAAUGAGGAAUGGUUCUCGAAUAAUAAAAUGUCUUACCGAAUACUUAGACACCAGAGGCAAUAAAUGCUACAGUGCCCUGUUAAACGCAAUAAUUUUGGGGAAAUGUUUCAACGCCAAACUCUGGGAAAACUCACCUUAUGUAACCAAACAAUUGAGUGGAAUAGGAAGUGUUUACUCCUCACACCUUGCAAAUGCUGGAAAGACUACUUUUGACAAGAUUUUGGAAUCAAACCCGAGAGAUCUUGAAUUGAUUAUUAGAAAAAGACCACCAGCGGGAGACGCACUUAUUGAAGAAGCUCGACAUAUUCCAAAAUAUGAAUUAAAAUUAGAAAAACUUUAUCAAAAUGAAGGAAGCUGUCUGUUGGAAUUGAUUGUAAAUUUAGUAAAUUUGAGAGAUGUCGAAGAACGGUCUACUGUAAAUACUAAUUCUGUGAUGUGUCUUAUCGUUGGGAGCAAUAAGAAUGAAAUUUUGCUACACGAACGGUUUCAGCAUUCCUAUUUGAUCGAAAAUGGAUCAUUUACCAGACAUAUUGACAUAAAUGAUUUUAUUGAUUUGGAAGAAGUAGCUGCACAUUUUAUAAGCGAAGAUUGGGUGGGUUUUGACUGUCACCGUGUGGCUUACUUCCAACCAAAAAAAAAUAACGAAGAGCAAACUUCUCCUCAAAAGAAAAAUCCAACAUACAUGCAAAUGUUUUUGGACAUGUACAUGAAAAUAAAGAAACCAAAACCUGCCCCUAACAAAAAUAAGAUCGAUGGCGAAAAGAAAAAAGAAGCUACAAGAAACGAGAAUAAAGAAGAAACCAGGAAAAAAUACGACGAUGAAAUUCUGGUUAAUAGAGAACCUGGGGUUACAAAACCUAAUAACGAAGUGAAAGCUACGCCAAAAAAAUCGACGAAAACAAAAAAUAUCGCGGAUUCUACGAGUCCAAGCAAAAUGAAUUCAAAAAAAUCUCCUAGUAAGACCCCGGAUAAAAAUCAAUCAACGAUCAGUAAUUGGUUGAAGAAAGUGACAGAAGAUAAUAAUGCGUCACCUACUUACAGCCCUAAGGAUCAUUUUGAAGCUGCCGAUUUCCAGGAUAAUGAAUUUUUGCUUGGGAAUACCGAAAAUCAAAAACACAGACAAUAUUCAACGCAGAAUUCGAAAUUAGAAUUUUCCAUUGAUAACAAAGAAAAUAUAGAAAGUGAUGUAAACAACAUCAACCAAGUCGAACUACCAAGUAGUACUCACAGCCCUGAGAAAGAAAAAGGAAAUGAACGUAAUGAAGAUGUUAGCAAUAAUUCCACAUCUGCAGAAAAUAAGGGGUCCUUAGCAAUGUUGCAGAUGCAUUCAAUGCAAGAACCGCUCUUUAGUGCAUUGCAGCGAAAAUACACACAUUCAGACACUUCAAGUGAACAUCCUUCUUGCAGCAUUAAAACAUCUGCUGCUAAAAAUAUAAGUUUGGCCACUAAAAGAAAAUUUAAUUGGUUGAAUAAAACUAUUACUGACGAAGACCAACCAAAACGUAAACGACUACAAGACUUCAAAUUACCGGAAAAGAAAAAAAUUACACACCUGAAUAGGGCGGCGGAACCUGACAACAGUAUUUAUACAAUCACGGAGGUGUUGGUACCAAAGAUGGAUGCAAGUCAAAAGAAAUAUAAUUUCAAUGAUAAAAACAGAGAUAACAAUAAUAAUGUACAGAAAAAUAUAACAUGGAGAUCUCCGUUAGUAUUUUCCCCUGCUACAAAAUUUUCUCCAAAGAUUGCUUAUCAGAAUAAGAUGCCUCAUCAAGAAGAAUUUCGAUUUGAAAGUGGGACUCAACAAACAAACAAAUUGGAAAGACACAAAAACGUACCAAACUUGGUAGUAAACAUCAUAAAAACCCCGAAAAAACAACAAACCAUCAAGUCAAGACCUGAGUGCAACCCUUUCCCUUUACGGGACAAAGAUUAUGGAGACGAAGAAAAAGAACAAGAAAAAGACACUUCAGACGACAUGGAUUAUUCAGACAUCUAUUCCAGUCCCACUUUGGACCGGAUAAAAUCAUCGAAAAAAGUUAAACAAUGCGAACCGAAAUCUGCUAUGGAGUACUUUUCGCACUUCCAAAGAAGUGAUACUCCCGAUAAGCAAGCCGAAGUGUCCAAAGCAGACAGUACUCAGAAGCAAAGUGUUAAUGAUAGUGCCAAAGAGGAAAAGUCGGAUAUAUCAAAGGAUUCUUGCCAAACGUUUGAGAUUGAAGGACGUAGUAUGUAUAGUAGUCCUGAUUUGGUUCCAAAGUUACAAAAUGAAGCUGCACGUGAAAAUAGGUCACAUGCCCAUAGCCAGACCAUAAGGAACAGUCAAGGUUAUAUGGAUUCAAUGGCAGUCUACGCAGAUAAUCCAUCAAAAUACCAUGAAACUUCACAAAAAUUCUAUCAACCAACAGAAAAUGUUAUCGCUAGACCAGUUAGCAGUCCUUGUUCUGGAUGUAUGAAUCUGCAGUGUACCGGGAAUAUCUAUAGAAGAACAGAAUACCAGGUACCUCAACGAAUUAAUCCAACUGAACCUUCCUCAUCUCAAGUUCGAAAUUCACGCAUUCCAUAUAUUCCACAACCUGUUUUACCUCCAUAUUAUAGUUAUAGAAAUGAAUAUGAUCCUCUGCUACAAAUGAACAACAAUCCAAAUCACUCUGUAUAUUAUCCAGAUGCUCACCAAUCUCACUAUAUUAUAAGAAAUAUUCCAUCACAAUACCAAGCUGUUAGGCAUAUGUAUUCAGAGGUCCCAGAACAGUUUGCUCAUGAGCCAGUGCAUAAUAAAAGUUUUGGAUAUAUUCCUGAUUUGCCAGAGAAGGAUAUGAUGAGUUAUCCAGAUUAUGGAUAUCCAGAGCAUGGAUAUUCUCAGACAGCAAGUAUGCACGAAUUAGAGGUAAAUCAUACUGAACAUAAACCUCGUUCAUCAUGUAGAGGACAUCAGAGACCUUAUGUUGAGGAUACAAUGGACAAUUCUAUGGUUGUGAAAUCAAAGUUUAAACACAUUCCGACACAAAUCAAUGAUAAUCUAGUCGAGGAAAGAUUAUUUAAUCAUAAUGUACCUGAAAUAUAUAGCCCCAGAUAUAGCUCACAAUUGAUGGAGCAACUGGUACCAAAAACCAAAGAAAGAAGUCAUAAUGAAGAUACUAGUUUUCCCAAGUCAGUUAGUCAUUAUUCUGAAGAGUUUCAUCCACCUGUCAAUCACAACGCUAUGUAUAGGUUCGGCGAGAGUCAAGGUCUAUCUUUGCCAGUUAUGGUGCCGAACUAUCGUCAAAACAUAGGCCAUCCAAGGAAUGUUCCAGAAGCUUAUAAAUGUAUGACGGAACAACCUAUGGUAGAAUAUAUUCCACAAUACACGUCUCCAAGAAGAUAUGGUCAGCAUCUUCCGUCUCAAUCCAGUAAUGAUAAAGAGUAUGUGAUGCAAAAGUUUUUUCAUUCACUAGGUUAUUAUUAGGCAAAGUUUUGUGAUAUUAGAGUGUUUAGUGGUCUUGUGUUGCUGCUUCGUUAUCAUCUUCCUCAUUUCGAUUUUGCACAGUACCAAGACAACCUUUUGAAGCUCUGUUAGUUACAGCAAAUGAGGGAGGGCUCAUUUCGUGAAGGUACGUUUUGCUCAUCCACUACUGUUGUCGGGAUUCGUAAAGCUGGGACGCUUAAUUAAAAUAAUUUCAUAUUAUAAAAAAAUAUUGAUGUAACAUCUGAAAGCCAUUCUGUGGUUUUUAUGGUGAUAUACCCUCAUAUUUUUGUCUGGCCGAAUCAAAUAGGUUUAAAAUUCUUCUUUUGUAGAGUGCUGUGGUCCCAACCGUGGCCUUCUUCAAGUAUAAUGUGACACUUUUGACAAUAUACUUUAUUUUGCUUCUGUUGUAACAUAAUUUAUUGUCAAAAGUGUUAUUGGGCUUGAAAAAGAUUACCGUUGGGAUCGCAACGCCAUACAAUAAAAAAGAAUUUCAAAAAUCUGUGGUUUGAUUCGGCCAGACAAAGCUAGGGUACUGAAACUAUAUUGGUUAAAAAUAAUUUUUAAAUCACAUAAAAAUAAAUGCAAGAAAUAUGCAGUAUUAUAAAUGAAUUAUAUUGCCUUGAUUUGUUGUUAUAUAUAGUGUAGCAAGGUAGCAUAUGGAAACUUUGCCAUGAGAAAUUUUCAGAGGUUGAAAUUUUGGGAUUCGCUUCCAGUCAAAAUCAAGAAAAAGCUUUAGCUUUAGCUUCAUAACCUGUUAUGAUGAUCAAAAAUGAAAUAUUGCAGCCUAGUUUAUGAUCUCCUAUGUAUGUCUAAGCUUUACCAUUUGACAACAGAGUAAGAUAUAUCAUUUUUCAUUUCGAAGUGUUUCUUUUGUACACAUCUCAAAAUUUUAAAAAACGUUUUGUUGUGUUUAACUUUAGAAUGUGUUACAAGUUACUGUGUUAUAAUUCCAUUAAAUAUUUAAAAUGUAUAUUUUCAAAUAAUGUGUUCUUAUUGUAGACAUCUUAAAAUUUCGUGAAAUGUUUUGUUGUGUUCAAUUUUAAAAUAUGUUACAAUUUACAGUGUUAUGAUUUUCCUAAAAUAUCUAAUACACUGCUCAAAAAAAUUAAGGGAUCAAGAAAAAAAAUCCAAAUUUUUCAGUGAUCUUUAAUAAGCAGUAUUUUGGUGAAAUAUGGUCGAAACUAGACUAAAGACUAAUAAAUAUUUUGAAGCUUUAAGAUCUUAGUUUUCAGGUUUUUUAGCCGAAAAAUGUUAGCAGCAAGGACAUUUUUUUUGCAAAACUUUCCUUCUUUCUAGUCCACGGGCUUGAAAACAUGUUUCUGUUAGGCCAUAUGGAUCAGAUAGCCCAUUUAUUCAGCUUCAAUAUCCUGUUUUUAAAAUCUCGAUACGAUCAAUUGUCGCAGAAAUAUCUGACUGAAUGAAAAAUGAUCAUUUUAUCAUCGACCACUGUCUUGAUAACCAGUGCUCGCGCAGAGAAUGUAAAGGUAUUUUCGAAAACUGUAAUAAAUCUCCUAUAAGAUUCGAUUGCAAUAUUUGAGGAUUCUUUAUUUCCUUAAAAAGUCAAAAGGCACUUUUUGCAUUGUUUUGGAAAAUCGACUGCAUUUUUGGGACUGCAAAUGGAAAAGCUAAUGUUUUUAUAUCUUUGUAUACCUCAUUGGAUCCCUAAUAACCCUGCCCGGCGGCAGUUCGAUCCAUUGUACGGUUUCUCCUACCCGAUUGAUCAAAAUUUGAAAGAAAUAAAAGAAGCAACAUUUUUGUUUCUCUACGUGACCAAGAUAUCAUUGGUUGAAGACAAAAGGAUCCUGUUUCAUUCAAAGUCAGAUGUCUCCGC